UGGUCCACCAGGCAGUUGGCCAAGACAGUGGCCAUGGGUCAGGGCCUGGCCGGACUCAUCUGUGGGACAGCCAUCACCUCCCAGUACCUGGCCACCGACUUCCAUGUUAACACGCCCAUGUUUCAGAGCUUCAUGAACUACACCCUGCUGUGUGUGACCUACACCACCUUACUGGUCUGCAGAACAGGGGAUGGCAAUAUUUUGCAGAUUCUUAAGAGCAGGUGGUGGAAGUACCUUCUGUUGGGGCUGGUGGACGUGGAGGCCAACUACACUGUCGUUAAAGCAUACCAAUACACCAACCUUACUAGCAUACAGCUGCUGGACUGUUUUGUCAUCCCUAUUCUUAUGGUGCUGUCCUGGUGGGUUUUAAAGACACGGUACCGACUGGUCCACUACGUGUCCGUCUGCGUCUGUCUGCUGGGAGUCGGGGCCAUGGUGGGGGCUGACGUGCUGGCCGGACGAGACCAGGGAUCAACCUCUAACAUCCUGCUAGGUGAUGGCUUGGUUCUGGUCAGUGCCACGCUGUACGCCGUAUCUAACGUGGGUCAGGAAUACACGGUGAAGAACCUCAGCAGGGUGGAGUUUCUCGGGAUGCUCGGCCUAUUCGGCACGCUCAUCAGCACCAUACAGAUGGUCAUCCUGGAACGACAGGAAGUGGCCGCCAUAAAGUGGAGCUGGCAAAUCGGUCUUCUGUUCUCUGGCUAUGCGUUGUGUAUGUACUGUCUGUACAGCUGUAUGCCCAUCGUGGUGAAGCUGACCAGCGCCACCUCCGUCAACCUGUCCCUGCUCACUGCUGACCUUUUCAGCCUCUUCGGCGGUCUCUUCCUCUUCCAAUACAAUUUCUCUGGACUGUACCUGGUUGCGCUGGUGGUCAUCCUCAUCGGCUUCGUCGUCUUCAACGCUGUGGCACCACCGACUGACAGCACAGAGCCCGCCCCUCCCUCCUCCUCCUCUUCCUCCGUCACCUCGGGGGAAGGCUGCUACGAGAACCACGCCACCGCUUUUGACCAUCAUGACGUCACCAACCCGGACGUGCGCGUGAGGACAAAGGUUAAAGAGGAAAAGGAGUAUGGGUGGAGGAGGGGGGAAUGGGAGGGAGGACACGGGGGUGAGGAAGAGGGGGCGGAUACGGAGGUGGAGGUUGUUACCGUUGGAUACAGCACGAAGAUGUGA